ACGGAAUGCUUUCAGAGCGAGCGCGACCGCUACAUCUUCAAUUUAGGGGCGAAAGAAACAGCCAAACAAACCGUUUUUCAGCGAGACUUCCGGCUUUACACACCGGCAGCCGGACACACCGAGGCCGGUAACGUCAGACUAACCAGCCCGCGGUGUUGCCUGGGAAGAUAAUGUAGUUUAUCGCUGUGUUUAUCAGGUGUAGCCGUCUCUGGUUCAGACCACCGGAUACGACUUCUUUUGAUUCGUCACGGAGAUCGAUAACUUAAAACUGGCUGAAAUGGAUGAACAAAGUGUUGAGAGCAUUGCUGAAGUGUUCCGCUGCUUCAUCUGCAUGGAGAAGCUGAGGGACGCUCGCCUCUGCCCUCACUGCUCCAAACUCUGCUGCUUCAGCUGCAUUCGACGCUGGCUGACGGAGCAGCGAGCCCAGUGUCCUCACUGCCGGGCUCCGCUCCAGCUGAGGGAGCUGGUCAACUGUCGCUGGGCGGAGGAGGUCACCCAGCAGCUGGACACCCUGCAGCUGUGCAGCCUCACCAAGCACGAGGACAACGACAAGGACAAAUGCGACACCCACCUGGAGAAGCUGAGUGUUUUCUGUUGGACCUGUAAGAAAUGCAUCUGUCACCAGUGUGCUCUGUGGGGAGGCAUGCACGGAGGCCACACCUUCAAGCCUCUGGUGGAGAUCUACGAGCAGCACGUGACCAAAGUGAAGGAGGAGGUGGCCAAGCUGCGGCGCCGCCUCAUGGAGCUCAUCAGCCUGGUGCAGGAAGUGGAGAGGAACGUGGAGGCUGUCAGGGGAGCGAAGGACGAGCGCGUCAGAGAGAUCCGUAACGCCGUGGAGAUGAUGAUCGCCCGCCUGGACAACCAGCUCAAGAACAAGCUCAUCACCCUCAUGGGCCAGAAGACGUCCUUGACCCAAGAGACGGAGCUGCUGGAGUCUCUCCUGCAGGAGGUGGAGCACCAGCUUCACUCCUGCAGUAAGAGCGAGCUGAUCUCCAAGAGUCCAGAGAUCCUGCUCAUGUUCCAGCAGGUCCACCGUAAGCCGAUGCAGUCCUUCGUCACCACGCCGGUGCCCCCGGACUUCACCAGCGAGCUGGUCCCCGCCUACGACUCCAGCACUUUUGUUCUGGUCAACUUCAGCACCCUGAGGCAGCGGGCCGACCCGGUCUACAGCCCUCCUCUGCAGAUAUCUGGCCUCUGCUGGAGACUCAAAGUCUACCCCGACGGGAACGGCGUGGUCCGUGGAAACUACCUGUCCGUGUUCCUGGAGCUGUCUGCUGGGCUUCCCGAAACAUCCAAGUACGAGUACCGCGUGGAGAUGGUCCACCAGGCCUCCAGCGACCCGACCAAGAACAUCAUCCGGGAGUUCGCCUCCGACUUCGAGGUCGGUGAAUGUUGGGGCUACAACCGCUUCUUCAGGCUGGACCUCCUGGCCAGCGAGGGCUACCUGAACAUGCAGACGGACACGCUGGUGCUCCGCUACCAGGUUCGCUCUCCCACCUUCUUCCAGAAGUGCAGGGAUCAGUACUGGUACAUCAGCCAGCUGGAGUCGGCCCAGAGCGGCUACAUCCAGCAGAUCAACAACCUCAAAGAGCGCUUGGCCAUCGAGCUGUUUCGCCGUCAGACGUCACGCAGCUCCUCCCCCCCCGACGGGCGGCUCGCCGCGGGCCCCACGGCCUCGGAGAGAGACGGCCGCUCGGCGAAGAGCGUCGACGACUUCCAGACCGCGAAGAAAGUCCACGAGGACGAGGAGCGGACGCAGCAGCAGGACGACUCCAACGAGCUGUCGGACGGGGACCUGGAGGUGGACUGCCUGACGGAGGAGGAGGUGAACCCGCUGGACGGCAGCAGCACCUCGGGGAGCUCCACGGCCACCAGCAACACGGAGGAGAACGACAUCGACGAGGAGACCAUGUCGGGAGAAAACGAUGUCGAAUUUAUUGGCAACCUGGAGACGGAAGAAGGAGAGCUUCCCGACGACUUGGUUGGAGCAGCAGGAGGAUCCGGCUCCGGCGUGCGUUCUCUCCAUCGCGGCCCGGGAAGCGGCGCCGGCCUCAUGGAGAUCGACCCGGUGAUCCUGAUCCAGCUGCUGGACCUGAAGGAGCGGCGCAGCGUGGAGUCUCUGUGGGGCCUCCAGCCCAGACCGCCGGUUUCUCUGCUGCACACCCAAGCUCAUCCUCACUCCAGGAAGGACCGAGACCGGCGGCCUCAGGCGGUCCGGCGCUCGGCUCCGGACUCGGGGGUCCUGAUCCGCCUCAAGGCUCAGAUGGCCGAGGUCCGCAGCAAGAUGUCCGACGCCAAGAGCCAAGUGCCGGAGCCCCGGGGGCCCAGAGAGCCCCGGGGGCCCGGAGAGCCCCGGGGGCCCGGAGAGCCCCGGGGGCCCGGAGAGCCCUGGCCCGGCCCCUCGGGGGGCUUCGGCGUGGAGGAGGUCACCUCCCACCUCGCUGACUCGGAGCUGUCCGCCUGCCGCAAGGCCGUUGAGCUGGACCUGCUGGGGAGGGCCGGUGCCGCUCGGUCCAGACCCUGUCGGCCCGCCAGGAAGUCUCUGUCUCCCGUCCUGGACAGCAGCAGCUCCCUGGUGAUGAAGAGGAGGAGUCCAGAGGAGAAGGACCUGAGAGGAGCCGACGUGGCCACAGAGCUCAGCCUUCAUCUCAAGGAGGCGCUGGGAGCUGCAGAAGGGGCGCUGCAGCCGGACGGCCCCCGGGGGCCCCUGGCGGAGCAGCAGCUGUUCGGGGCCUCGGGACCCCGAGACGACAGCUUCUCCCUGGGGGGGCCGAGCUACAUGACCGGCGGCAAGAGCCGGGCCCUCGGGGCGGCCAUGUUGGACCGUGACUCCGAUCGGUCCCUUCUGGAGGAACCUUCUACGCCACCGCAGUCAAACGAAGAUGCUCGUGGAGCUCAGAGACUUUACAACCCUCCGUUUGCACUGGAGCGCAUUAAGCAACAAUCCGUCGCCGUCCGUCUUGACGCCGCCGCCGCCGAGCAGCGACAGCGACAGCGAGGACGAAGCUCUGCAGAGCAGCAACUCUCGCUACGACAACCAGACUCCUCCCUGCUCAGGAGAGCAGCUUCUGUCUGAUGAUGUCAGUCUACCUGCUGACAGGUGAUUCCUUCUGGAACAACAACAACAACAACAACCCACACCGCUUUCUAUACACACACACACACACACACACACACACGCCUUGCUGUUACACACAUCUGUAGAGUAGAAACUUGCUUAUUGUGCAUGAAGUGGGAUUGAGUUUCACGACUGACUCAGGCGGUCGUCGUGAUUACGUAACAUCGGUGUGAACACAGUGACGCUGGCCCUUUAAGAGGACCGACAUUUCAGUCUCUUCACCUCCUUUUCAAACUGGACUCUCUCCGUAGUUGCAUUAUAUUUAUAAUGAGGGAUGGACGUUGCUGUCGCUUCAGAUAAGAUGACAACAACAACAACAACAACACAGCUUGUUUGUUCAAAGGACUGGAUCUCUAAAACUCUUAUUUUAAGAACCUUUCACCUUCUCACCACACAAACGCUUUUGAAGCUGAAGCCGACAGCCGGGAGCGAGAGUCUGAGGAUGAGCUGCAUCCCUCUGUCAAUAAGAGCUGUUUCACAACGGCUUUGAGAGGAAGUCUGGCUCAGACCGCCUGGCCCAGACCGCCUGGCCCAGACCGCCUGGCCCAGACCGCCUGGCCCAGACCGCCUGGGCUCCGGGUCUCACGCCCCCUAGUCAUCUACUUUCUUAUUUAUUGGUUCCUCCUUCUUGAGCUGAAGCUCGUUUCUGGUCAUUUAUGUAAACGUCUUCUCCCGCUUAAUAAUGUGACAUUUAAAAAGUGUGUGUGUCUCUCUGUGUGUGUGUGUGUGUGUGUGUCUCUCUGUGUGUGUGUGUCCCCCUCUCUGUGUGUGUGUCUCUCUGUGU